GUGAUUGAAGCAAACUUGAGUGGAGAAAUGAACUUGAAAAUAGAAACUGACUUAGUAUCCGUAACAACACAUUUUAAAGACUUGGGAAAUCCUCCCUGGGCAUCAGAGGAUGGAUCUGAAAGUUCUUCUCAAGGCCGAGAUCUGGAGAGCAUGGCUGAGGCACGCAUAGACAUCAAGAAGCUGCAGCAGCUGCUUGCUGGACAGCAGGUCAACCCCACAAAAGCCUUGUGCAAUAUUGCAAGUAAAAGAAUUGUCCACUUCAUAUUGCUCCAUGAGGAUGUUUCACUUCAGUAUUUUAUUCCAGCACUUGCCUGA